AUUCACACCCCUCUCACCUGUUGUUAAACUGAGUAAUGAGUCAGUGCACAUAUUGCGGUUAUUGAAAAUACUCGGGCACUCCAUAAAAAGGUGUUUCUUUUGACCUAUUUGUAUGUCUUCAUAAAAAGUUAAUAUUCUGUACUAUCCCAGUCUCUGUCUAUAAGCUUUAAACUUCACACUCAAGUUUCGUGGUAGCUGUGGCUGAAUCCUAUGAACCUUAAAUGACUUCAAACCUGAUUCGGAUUGCUUCCCAUGAAGCUGAAAACCCAGUAGACUGCGCACUGAAGAAGGCCUUUGAGCUACUUGAACCAAAUCUAAGACCCCCAUUGGCAAUAACAAUCCUAACACCACAGGAAUAUUUGCUACUCAACAAGGCUAUUUUGUAUGGAAUUCUAUGUGAAACCCAUUAUGCCAAAACACAUAUUAAGCAUUUACACGCUAUUGUCACUGAUGGGUAUGGCUUAUUUGCUAGUUUGAUUUCUGAGGUUGUGAAUGAAAUUUACACGAAACUUCUUGAACCAGUGAAGUGUCAGUUGAUUUGGGUUACUAAGGAGAUGAUUGAUGUUCAGGCUGUAGGUGUCCAUGGUUUGUUGGUUUGUUUUCUUAGGCAAAUUGUUGGUGGGGAUUUUAGUGUUGGAAAUUUGUGGUUGUGUUUUGAAAUUUUAUGCAUUUUUCUGACCAAAUGGGAUUCUCUCGUGGAAGUGGAUCCAAUGAUUUUGACCAGUGGAUUGUAUACAUAUCUUCGGCUAGUAGCUGAUCACUAUAGAUUGCCAAGUAAUCCGAAACUGGAACUGUUAAAACAUAUGGAAAUUGAUUUCUGUAUGAAAGUGUUAAGGGAGCAGUUUUCUGUCUGUUUAAAGAUUGGACGGGAUCUUGUUCGGCUCCUACAAGAUUUGGUUCAUAUACCAAACUUUAGAGCUAUGUGGAAAGAUUUGUUAUUGAAUCAAGGCAAGUUUACUACUCCUGGGGUUUCUGUUAUUUCACAGCUCUAUAACACAAGGACUUCAAGUCGGUAUACUUUACUUCGGAUUUCACCAGAAAUGGAGACACAGUUGCGGUUUAUACUUACUUUCGUGAAGUUUGGGAGUCAAAAGCGAUACCAAGAAUGGUUUGCUAGGAAGUUCUUAUAUGAACCUAACAGAGAGACUUUGAUAGUUGACAUUGUCCGUUUUUUAUGUUGUGCGCACCACCCACCAAACGAAAUCAUUAAAUCAGAUAUUAUUCCCAGAUGGGCUGUUAUAGGUUGGCUAUUGAAACAUUGCAAAAAGAAUUAUGUCCAAGCCAGUGUGAAACUAGCUCUACUUUAUGAUUGGUUGUUCUUCGAUGAAAGAGUAGACAAUAUCAUGAAUAUUGAACCUGCAAUGCUAUUGAUAGUGUACUCUAUACCCGAAUACAUUGAUGUGACUCACACACUUCUUGAGUUUUUGCUCCUUCUUGUGGACAGCUAUGAUGUGGAACACAGAGCUGGGAUUGUUAGAGGUGUGUCUUCAUCUCUCUGUGUACUUGUCAAGAAAGGAGUGAUUCGCUCCCUUGAUGUCUUGACAGCUUGUGAUGCACUUUCUCCUGUCCUGAAAGAGAGGCUUGAUAGGUUUUUAUCAGGUACGGAAUUGGAAAUUUCUAAAAGGUAGGCGAUUAGUUUCAUACCAAAUUAGCUAAUAUUUCUGUCAGGACUCAGGAUAAUAGAUGCUGCAGCUUCUUGUAGUCCAUCAGUAAUGGACAAAUGAUCAAAUUCACAAUGUAGAAACAGUUAUUAUUUUCUUGAGAAUAUGUAGAGGUGUUCAAAUGUCUUGGAACUGAGAAGAAUUGCUGCUUUUAUUAGUGAGUGUUGAAUGUCCAGGACCAAAAAGUGGCUUUAGCUGCACUGAUUUUUUUUUUCUAAAAUGACAAACUUCUUUGAAUUAAAUCGGUACAAAUUAUUUGCUCCAGCUUAAAAAUAAAAGAGAGCAAUAAAGCUGUGGAGCCCAAGCCCUGAGUCACUUCGACUCUGAGUCUUCAUCACCCUCCUUGAGUAACACCCUAUCUCCAGUAAGCUCUCUCCCUCUCCCUCUUAAAACCCAAACCCUUCGUAGUUUGAUCAGAAGCACUCAGGACUAUCAGGUUUUAACGUUAGCAAUUGCUUUAGAAUGCAGAUGAAGUUAUCUAGAACAACAAAUGUUGUGAUCCAAGGAUCCAUGUCUAAGAUGUACCCAGUUGCCUUGGUAUAGUUUACUCUCAGCUUUUCGUUAUUGCUAGUUUAAGCUACAAAUUAAAACCAUGCGCUCACCCUUGAUAUCAUAUCUAGCUUGCAGCUUGGCUUAAGACACAAACACUCAUACCAACACUCCUUACACCUAAUCACACUGGGCCGCUCCACGUCUAAGGUUGUAAGCUACUAUAGUUUCAUGAUUUGCUUACUGGGGACCCAAUCUCAAUUGUAAGUUUCUGUUUAUU